AUGAGUAAAUAUCAAAAUUAUAAAAGUGGUUCAAGUAGUUCAAAUGAUACUUUUGUAACAGCAGAAGAAGGUAUUUAUGAAACAGUAGAACAAGAUACUUUUGUAACAGCAGAAGAAGGUAUUUAUGAAACAGCAAGAGAAUAUCCUGAUAAUAAUCAAACUAGUUUUGGUACUGCUAAAACUGGAUAUGGUAAUAAGUUAUAUCCAAACUUACAAUCAUCAGAAUAUAAAGAUUUACAUGAUGGUAAUUUGAAUACAUCCAAUCAAAUAAAUAAGUCAUCAUAUUAUGAAAAGCCUAAGAUUGAACAAAACUUAUUAUAUCCAAAUGUACCCAAAGAAAAACCAGUAGAGAUUGGUUUUGAACCAUUUCAAAACUAUAAAGAGUAUAACAUUUCACCUAAUUCACCAGUUAAUGAAAGAGAUCCUAAUUAUCGUCCUCCAAGUUAUAAUCCUGCAUUUGUAAGUCCAGUGUCACCUUCAACUUCUAAUAGACCUUCUGAAAGAAUCGAACCAUCUGCUCCACCUAUAGAAGAUUUGUAUGGGUUUUCAAAUCAUCAAGAAGUGAAUUCAAAUCCUAAUAAGCCUUCUGAAAGAAUCGAACCAUCUGAUCCAUUUAUAAAAGAUGUUUUUAAAUCAUUUGAUAAUAUGUUUUCUGAUUUAACUACAUCAAAUAAUACACCUAAACCAAUUACAAAACCCUUUUCACCUACCACUAGUAAUUUUUCUAAAAGAAAUGAUCCUUUAAAAAAAUAUAAUACUAAUUUUACUAAAACAACUUUUACUAAAGAUUCUCAUAAUAAAAGUACAAAUAAGAAUAAGAAUGCUAAAUUUGAUGUAACUGCUUCAAUUAAACCUUUAAAUACUAACACUAACAAUUAUUCAAAUAACGAUGAGUUGUUUAGAGAUGGAAUUUUUGAUAGGUUAGAGAGAAAAGGUUUUAAAAUGACGAAUUAUUAUCAAGAUAGGUUUUUUUUAUUUGAAAGAGUUGAAGAAUACAAGUUUUUAUGUGUGGGAUUCUUUCAUGGGUUUUUAGAUUUUAGAAAUGAAAAUAUUACCUUUCAAAUCAUUAUUGAUAGAAAACCUCAAAAUUUAUCAUUUAAUGUUAGGGAUUGUUUUGAAAGAGCUGAUAAUUCUUAUAAUGUUAUGAACUUUAAAAUUCAAACUAUUUAUGGUGAAAAGGUAGUUGAAGUUAGAUUUAUUACUCAUUUGUAUCCUGUUCCUAUUCAUGAGACUAUUGAUUAUAAUUGUCAUGGAUGUUUUUCUUAA